AUGUCUGAUCAAUGGCUUACUGACGUAGCACAACUUGUAGAGCCCGAGAUCAGAGAGUAUCUUGAUUUGGACACAGGCGCAUAUGCCGCCGGUUGCUAUCCUGACGCAGAUGCUUUCCAUCUCCGAGUCUGCGCUGAAUUCUUUAACUGGACAUUCGUUAUAGACGACCGGAUGGAAUAUAGUGUCGUCGAUGCACGGGAAACGCAUGAAUCCUGUAUUCUUGCAUUCCGCGAUCCCAUCAAUUUUGAUACGGAACAGUUUGCUGCAAAGAUGAGCAAAUCGUACGACUAUUUUUUCAUUGCAUACACUCUUUCUAAAACCGCUUUAAGGAGACUGCUGGCCCCGGCUGCACAGAGCGAAUUUAUCCGAGGAAGCGAAUUGUUCUUCGCUGCUGUAGCUAAGCAGGUGGACGACCGUGCCAAAGGAAAUAUGUAUGAUCUGGAAUCUUACAUUGUCCAGAGGCGAAAUGUAGUCGCGCUGAAGCCCUGCUUUGCCCUCAUCGAAUUCGUAGCUCAAAUCGAUCUUCCCGACGAAGUUGUGUCACAUCCAAUUAUCAUGGCCUUGGAGGACGCGACCAAUGAUCAUAUUUCUUGGUCCAACGAUAUUUUCUCAUAUAACAAGGAGCAAUCUCGCGGUGACGCACACUGGCAUAACAUAGUUGCCGUGCUCAUGCACGAUCGAGGACUAGACCUACAAGGCGCCAUGGACUACGCUGGCCAGAUGUGCAAAGAUGCCAUCCAGCGCUUUGAAACUAACCGUGCUAUCCUCCCCUCGUGGGAGGAAGAGGUUGACAGGCAGGUGGCUGUCUACGUCGAGGGGCUGCAGAACUGGAUUGUCGGCUCACUUCACUGGCACCUUAAUUCCCCCGCUAUGCUGUCGCGCCGGACCCGAAUCAUCAGGUUGCUUCCUAGAAGGUCCUUGUAG